UCCGCCCGGCGAUUGUUGCGACCUUCUUCAUCCUGGGCUCUGUCGAGUCGUAUGAUUCUUCUGGUCUUCCUAUUUAACCUCCGUGUCAGAAUGCGCAAUUGAGGGUCUUGUGAUUCUCAAUCCCACUGCGCCUAUCCUACCUACCGGCUGUGGUUGUGCCUCCGCGCCACUCGUUCAAAGUGUUGUACAUACUAGGGCGCCGUCCGCUUCUGCGGGCCGGCAUUUCAGAUUUAUCUCGCUAUACGCGAAGUAAUAUCCAAUGGGACUCUUACCGUCGCAUGAUGUCGACGUGGAUCCAGGAUGCAGACGAAUUGUCAAGGGACAGCGGGAAACGUCGAUUAUCCGGUCGCAUACACAUUCUCGGAGUGGGCAAUGUCGGCACCUUCGUCGCUCACUCUCUUGCGAGUCGUCCAUCUCCGCCACCCGUUACACUUCUCCUGCACAAUCCAGACUUAUAUAAGACCUGGCUGCAUAGGAAGAAGUGCUUGUCGCUCGGUUCAAAUGGCCUCGACGAUGUGAAAACGGGCUUCGACAUCAACGUCCUUGGCGACAAGACAUGGCAUUCUCUGCCUUACUGGAACCAGGAUGGUACGCCAAACGAGGGCACCGAGGGCGCGGAGGAGGGAGACCCCGAUAUCGAAGGGGCACUGGCCCAUUCGGCCGAAGAUGAUGGACCCAUCGAGUGUUUAAUCGUGGCUGUCAAGGCACCGAUGACUAGAGUUGCUAUGGAGUCCAUCAGUCACCGUCUGACGCCCGAUUCCACGGUACUUUUCCUCCAGAACGGCAUGGGGGUCAUCGAUGAGCUCAACAAGACGGUCUUUACGGAUCCGCAUAGUCGACCUCACUAUAUGCAGGGUAUCGUGUCCCACGGCCUGGCGCGGCGAACACCGGGUCGUUUCUCGGUCGUGCAUACCGGCGUUGGAACGACCGUCUUGGGCGUGGUUCCACCCCCUGGUACCGUGUCUCCGGCCAACGAGGCAGAAGUGGACUGGGCGCCGAGUACCAAAUAUCUCCUGCGCACCUUGACUCUCACGUCGCCGCUUGUUGCGGUUGCUGAACCCCCGUCCGCCCUCAUGCUAUACCAACUUGAGAAGGUUGCCAUGAAUUCGGUGAUCAACCCGCUAACGGCCGUGAUGGAUUGCGAGAAUGGCGAGCUUCUUUACAACUAUAGCUUUACUCGGAUCAUGCGCCUGCUUCUCAUGGAGAUCUCAAGCGUGGUCUGUGCUCUACCGGAAUUGCAGGGCAUUCCCGGCAUUGAAAGCCGGUUCUCUCCAGAACGGCUGCGAUGGAUGGUGACGCAGCUAGCCAAUCAAACAGCCAAGAACCACAGCUCGAUGCUGCAAGAUGUACGGGCAGGAAAGACGACCGAGAUUGAGUACAUGAACGGCUAUAUCGUGCGCAGGGGUGAAGAGCUGGGCAUCAAGUGUGUGGUGAACUAUAUGAUGAAGCAUUUGGUUCUCGCCAAGAAGGAAAGUACAAAGCAGAGAGAGGCGGGUGCUAUUCCGGUUGACCUGCUCAAUGCCAUUUAAUCGAAUCAUUUUGUAUUAUAUUGCUCAUCCCUCGGCCGUCCGAAUUGCCAGGAUGAUAUAUUCCAGAAUUUAUACCCAGGAGCUUUCCAUUCUCUAGCAAGAUACGGUCUGGAGGGCUUGGUCACAGAGAGUUUUGAUCUGUGUCCAGCGCUUAAGCAAGGCUUUGACCUUGUCCGAACCUUUGAGGUCUGCUUCUUGAGACCCUGCCUUUUCUAGUGAUGCGAUCACCGUGUCUGCUUCGUUGGCAUACGUCUUGAUCCAUUCUCGGAUUAUAGCCUCCGAUUUAGCUGCAUCAAAGUUCUUGGUAGAGUAGCCAAGGGUAUAGUU